AUGUCUUCCAACGCCGGUAUGAUGGUGGAUGCAGAUAUUGGCGACGCUGAAGGUGGGAACGUGUGUCCAACAUGUGUGAGAUGCAAGAAGCUGAUUACUUCUGGUCAUGCCUAUGAGUUGGGUGAUGACCGGUGGCACACUCAUUGCUUUUCAUGCUAUCGGUGUGAGAAGGCUUUAAGCUGCCAUAGCGAUUUCCUUGUACUAGGUACUGGAACACUGAUCUGUUUUGAUUGUUCUGACUGUUGCAAGAGUUGCGGGAAAAAGAUAGAUAACCUGGCUAUCAUACUGUCGUCAUCGAAUGAAGCAUACUGUUCGGAAUGCUUCAAGUGCUGUAAAUGCGGCGACAACAUCAAGGAUCUCAGAUACGCCAAGACCAAACGCGGACUGUUCUGUAUACAUUGCCAUGAGAAACUGCUAGCGAAAAGAAAAUACUACGAGGAGAAAAAACGGAGACUCAAGAAGGAUCUACCUGAGGUGCCCGCGGCCGAUCAUACUAUUCCGCUUGUAAUCCCGGAAAAGUCCUCACGCAGACCUCUGUCGCCGACCAAGGGACAAGGUCAGUUCUCGCAAUCACCUCCAAAGAGCAUGAUUAAAUCGAAUAGCGGAAGUGUGAUUUCUCAGUACUUGAAUGAAAACGACGCCGAGAAGAAAAACGAACAGGAACAAGAGACGAGGCAGUCUAAACAUUCCAGAAAUGUUUCGAUCGAUGACAUAUUAAAUUCCACGUUGGAGAACGACGAGCAUGAUUUGAGAGUUGUUCAGGAACCCAAACUUUUGCUCGACAAAACACCUUUGAGGAAUCACAAAGCUACAGAUUCAAUCAGCAGAUCACCAAUGUCGCAUAGACAAGGUAUGGUUCUGGAGUCCGAUUCGCCACCGGCAGACUUAGCUGAAACUGUCGAGAACUCUCUCACAGGCCUGCAAGGUCAGAUUCAGCUUGGGGGCGGGUCUGUAAAGGAUAAUAUGCAGGCUGCUCCCAUCCUUUCUCGAUCUGAUGAAGCAUUCAAUGAGGGCCAUGCGAACACUCAUGGUCUUGCAAUAACUUUGCCUUCGCCCGAACUGACGGUGACCGCUUUCAAAAACGAGGAGGAUACCUUGACCUUAGGUUUGCAGGAGAACACACCAACAACAAAUAGCCUUCCUUCACCUCCCUCAUCUCCUUCUCCCAUAAAGCUAAACGAAGCAGCAUCGUCGGUAUCAAAAAAUACAGGUCCUCCAGAUAACACACUGAUUCCGCCUGCAAGCGGCGGCAACGCUGCUCAGGAAACUAACACCACCCAUGGUAGAAGUGGUAAAAAGAUCGGUAGAUCGUUGUCGCGCAAGUCGAAAAACCUCGUUCAUAGUCUGAAAUCCAAAACCACGGGAAUCUUGGAUCCCAGAUCGGCUUCGCCUUCGAACCCUUCCGGAGAUGCUUUAUCACCACCUAGCAGCUCUGGGUCAGUAGCGAAUACCUCUCCGAAGACGGGAUCAGAUACGCACUCAGGAUGGGGAGUCUCGGCUUUUGAAGACAAUGGCAUUUCGCCAACCUCGGCAGUAUUCUCCAGGCAUCGAACUACGCCAAGAGGUAAAAGCGAUAGCACGCUACAUUCAGAGCAACGCCCAGGCAAUAAGAUUGGGAAAAGAAGCAUCACCGAGGCACUCGAUCACAGAAGGGCUCACAGCAAUGCGAGUGUCAGCAGCGUCUCGACGAAUGUUUCUAUGUUCAGAACACCACCUUUGGAAAACUCGUCCGUCUUUGGAAGGGUCAGUAACUCGGGAUCAAUAUCACACCGUAGGACAAUUAGCCGGCAAGCAAAUAACGAAACUGUAAUCGAGGAGCCGGUUGGACUGGAUCUUGCAAAUGGAGGAUUGAUGCGAACCGAUGCCGAGGAUGAAUCCACGUUCACAAAAGAACUUGCAGAAACUGAGCUACUCCUGAGGAAACUGAAGUCAGAGGUCAAUGAGCUUGAAUCGAAAAGGGCACAUUUGGUACAUGAAAUUGACAAGCUCCAAUCCUCAAAGGACAAACUCUGCUACGAGGUUGAGCGAUUGGUAGGAGAGAAAAGUAAAUAUGCGUCGAUGGAAUCGUUGAAUCCAACGCAGCGCAGCAAUGAAAUGUUGAGAUCACAAGAUGGGUCGUCAGAUGCCCCGGCACCGGCAAAGCUCACUGAAACAGCCAGUGUUGCAAGACCAGCUACCAAACCUAGAUUUUGGAAGAUAUUCUCAGGCGCCAGACAGCAGCCAUGGCAGGCUCAACCACAGCAACAGCAGGGCACCACCACGGCCAAUGGCUUGGCGGCAGACACAUCUGUUUCAUCUUCCUCUAGCUUUCCAAGCACCGGAAACGCCGCCAGCAGCAGACUGGAGAUUUCAGGACCAGUUCUGCAGAAUCCGAACGAGUUUAGUGACAUGAAACUAGUCCCUAUAAGCAACAAUUCGCGUUCUGAGGUUAGCAUGCAAUCGUCACCGUCGCGAUUGGAGGGAAGCAUAUUGUAUGGGUCUAGCCUUGUAGCCAGAUGCAAUUAUGAACAGUCAGCUAUUCCGAUUAUAAUCAAAACCUGUGUUCAACACAUAGAAAACGAUGAUAGUCUUUUGGCAUCAGAAGGAAUUUACCGAAAGUCAGGUUCUCAAUUACUCAUAGAGGAGAUUGAGAGGGCAUUUACAGACUGUGAAAGAAGCCCAAGUAAUGAGCUUUUAAAUUUACUGAACGAAGAUGUACAUGCUGUUGCCAGUGUUCUAAAGCGGUAUCUGAGAAAACUACCUAAUCCACUGCUGACCUUUCAAAUUUAUGAGCCCUUGAUUAACGUCGUGAGAGAAAAUCGGUUGAUGAUAAAUGUUCCCCUCAAAGCUGCAAGUGACGCCGGUUCUAAUGACCCUCAAUAUGUGGCAGCACUAAACAUCAUCACGAAAAUUCUAGAUAACCUUCCCAAGGAACAUCUGGACGUGCUUCAAUACUUGGCCAAGCAUGUUGACAAAGUUACCAGCUACAAUGAAUCGAAUUUGAUGACCUUGCAUAACCUAUCUCUUGUGUUUGCCCCGGGAUUGAUUCGCGACUAUUCAGGUGAUAAGGACAUUCCUGACAUGAAGGAGCGGAAUUAUAUAGUGGGCUUCAUAUUUGGGCAUUAUAGAGAUAUAUUCCAUGUAGCAUAG